GCAUCGGGCGAAGCAAGUCACAGCCUGAAGCCCAGGGAGGGAGAGACACAGCAACCAAGGCAGGAAAUCGCUGCCCGGAGGAAGUGGCGGCAGGGCCAGGGGGAUUGGUACUGAACUGGGACCGGAGAGACCCCCCCCCUCCCCAGCCAGCUCCAGGGCAGCCCAGGGGUCUGUGCUGUUGAGCCAGGCAGGGACCCCCAACCCAGCCCGCCGGGCCUUCAGGGCAGCCCAGGCCCCUCCUCUCCCCCGUGGGGCAGAGGUUGGGGGGUUCGCUCCUGCCUGUCGGGGUUUCCCUCCCUUUGCCACCCCGCUCUCCUGGUGCAGGGAAGGGGCCUGGCUGGAUUCCAUCCGCCAGCGGCCACUAGGAUGCAGGGGGGGAGUCCCCGGGAGCAGGGCUUCCUGCCCAAGAUGCCCCAGCGGAUCCAUACCAGAGAGUGGCCCUACCCCUGCCCCGACUGCGGGCAUCGCUUCCGGCAGAGCUCCCCCCUCACCCACCACCGGGCCACCCACACCGGAGAGUGGCCUUACCAGUGCCACGACUGUGGGUGCAGCUACACCACCAACGGCAGCCUGCGGCGGCACCGGGCCAGCCACGCCCUGGGCUACGGGGUGCAGCCGGCUCGGCCCAUGGCGGCUAGAGGAGAGUGGUGCCCUGCCAGCCCUGAGGCUAUCACUGGGUGCCAGGACCCUGUCAUGGACUUGCACAGCAGUUCUCAAUCAGGGGGCCAGGGCCCUCUGGGGGGGGGCACGAGCAGGUUUCCGGGGGUCCGCCAAGCAGGGCCAGCGUUAGACUCGCUGGAGCUCAGGGCGGAAAGCUGAAACCCCACAACCCGGGGCAGAAGCCCGGAGCCCCACCACGUGUGGCUGAAGCCAAAGCCCGAGCAACUUAGCUUCACAGGGCUCCCUGUGCUGUGCGACCCUAGGCAGUUGCCCUGCUUGCUACCCCCGAACACCAGCCCUGGAUUUCAUAUGCAGAAAAACAUUUGUUGUGGCACAGACGGGCCGCGGAAUUUUUAUAGCCUGUUGAGGGGGGCCACAGAAAGAAAAAGUUUGAGAACCCCUGGACUAGCAGGCUCUUGGGGAGGCUGCUGCAUUUGGGGAGUCCCUGGCCACAGGGCCUUCUUCUCCCCUUUCCUAUAGGUCUCCCUCGUCAGACUACAUUUCCCCUGUUGCAUCAUGGGCAUAGGACUCCCAGGAUGCACCUCCCCUUCUCACCUAAGACAGACCAAAGUGCAUCCUGGGAGUCCCAGAGCCACUGGCAUUAUUAGAGUUGUUGGUUUCUCAUGCUCCCCUUCUCUAUAGGCUGGGCUCCCUGGUCGGACUACAUCUCCCAUGGUGUAUCUGGAGACUGGAGACAUGAGGCAAUCGAACUAUAAAUCCCCUACGGCACUGUGGUGGCAGAUCCAAAUUGAAAUAUUUCUGUUUUCAAACAUUUGGGUUUUUUUGACAAGAUAUGGACAUUUUCCAUGGAAAGCAGCAGGUGCUUUUCAUCUAGUCAAAAACUCAAUUUUCUGUAGUAAAACAGUUUUGACGGAAAGUUUGUCACCACCUCUUCUUGUUGGGAGUGCGUCAGACCAGCCAUCCUCAGUCGGCGCUGGCAUCUGAUAAGCCCCCGGGGUGACACCGAACAGUUAGACUUAACCAAAACCGUAAAUGGUUUGGGGGUCUGCUACCAGGGAGAUGGGCUCUUUCCUGCCAACUUACCACCCCAGGUCUUGGUUAGCUCAAUGUCAGAACUGGAGGUGGGCAAACGGUUUCAUCUGAACCAUUUUUCCCCCAUGAAAAGUGCAGAUUUUGCACCAUGGCAACAUUUUGCAAAUUCACAUUAGUUUCACCAAAUUGUUGAUUUACAAAAAAUAAAAUCUGAAAAAUCCAAAUGUAAAGUUUUGACAUUUUCUAAAUGGAACAUUUUUUGAUUUUUUUGGUUCAAAACAACUUUUGGAUUCCGAAUUUCCUUCAAUUUCAUUAAAUUCCAAUUCAAAAAGAUUUUUUUAAAAAUGCUCAAAAUUGAAACAAAAAAAUGUACAUUGACCCAAAACUAAUCCCCCUCCCCCACUUUUUGAUUUGCUGAAAAUGUGGUUUUCAGCUUGACCCCAAAUGAUUUCUUUUCUCUUGUUUUCAGAAUU